CCUCUCAAAACUCACCAUUUCUUCUUUUGCAAAUCUCUCUCCUUCUCUGUCUAAAACUAAAUUGAUAAUACUAAAAAAAAAAAAAAGGCUUUAACUGUAAAGAAAUGGCAGCAGCGAGAGAUGCGUUGGACGCCACAGCAAGAGCACCAACGGCGAUGGUGGGACAACGCUCGCCGUGGCAUUCCCCUGUUCCUUACUUGUUCGGUGGAUUGGCUGCCAUGCUUGGAUUAAUAGCUUUUGCUCUGUUAAUUCUUGCUUGUUCUUACUGGAAACUUUCUGGGUAUCUUGAAAACGGCGUUGAAGAAGGAGAAAGAGACUUGGAAGCAGGACAAGGACAAAACACUAGUAGUAAAAAUGGCGAAAGUGAAAAACAGAGUAAUACUGCUUUUGAAGAGAAAAUAUUAGUAAUUAUGGCUGGUCAACUGAAGCCAACUUUCUUGGCUACACCAAUGUCUAGUAGAUCAUCUUCUUUUGGUGACAACAGUACUAAAAGCUGUUCUUGUAGUGAAAAAAAUGAAAAAACACAGAAUGGUUGUUUUGAGAUGGUAAAACAGGGGACUGCUAAUCAAGAACAGAGUAUUUCAACUAUGGAGAACAGAGCAACUCAUGAAUCUGAAAAUCAAAAUGAAACACAUUAAUUAUUUAGUAUUUUUGGUCCUUUUUUUAGGUUUUGUUUUGGAUUUGAGAUCUUUUUAGCAAGCUCUUCAUAUGAGCUUGCAUGUUAGAUUUAUUUUUUUCUUUUUGGGUUUUAAGUUCGGGAAAUGUAAAUUUACUUGAGAUUUAAUGAAGAAUCAUUAGUUGCUUCUUCUUCUUAUAUAA